UCUAGUCUUUUAACUUUCUUCCUUUAUCAAAGUUGCAAGCUUACAGCGUUUCAAACGUCGAAGCAUUUUAAACUGCGACUGUUGCGGUGUAAAAGCUUCAGCUACUUUUGCGUUAACUUGUUGUUGCGUUUAGCUUACAUUACCAUCUCCUGGAAUUUUUGCUGUUUAGAAUCAAGAUGCAGCCGCAGAGGUUGAAGAAGGCGAUAACUGAUAAUCCCAAGAAGCUUGGGAAUUUGAUUGACCUCGUGAACCUUCCAUCUACUCUGCGUGACUUCCUUGGUCAAUCUCAGAUUUCUCGUCUGGGUUGUUUCAUGCGUGUCUGGUCUUACAUCAAGACCAACAAUCUCCAGGAUCCAAAGAACAAGAAUGUGGUUAACUGUGAUGAAAAGCUGAAGAGCAUUUUGCUUGGGAGGCAGCGAGUGGAGCUAGUUGAUCUUCCUUCUCUUAUCAAGUUGCAUUUCACCAAGACACCAAAGUCGAAUUGAAGAACAUUGGAUUCUUUGUUUGUUUUCAUCUCUGUUAUGGAGUACAUAGAGAUAUGAUACUUGUUCUAAUAGUUGAAUUAUAUUUGAAAUACAAGUGGUCUCUCAGCGUUUCUGUUUUCUGGAUUAAAUUCCGUGUCUGUAUUAUUUUGUAAACGGUUGCUCUCUGCCGGGU